UUUUUUUGUCAUUCCUCAGAGCGUUUUGGAAAGAAGUUUUUUUUUUUUUACUUGUAUCUUCGUGUCUCUCUGCGGCUCUCCCCCUUUCCUUUCCUUCUGUCACAUCUGCCACUCUCCGUGCCCAAGUGCCAUACUUCUUUCCUUUUGCCCGGGAUCUCCCGUCCCCAAUUAUUCGUCUCGUGAAUCUGUUCAGAUCCAAUCCCAAAGAGAUUUUCUUGAAGAGUUGAUGCCUCUAGGGCACUAAGAGAUUUGGAAGUGACUGAUUGAUGGUAGCUGAAGCCUGGAAUUGGGAAGAAGAGAAGGCGUUUGAGAACGCCUUGGCCAUCCACCAUGAGACUUGCAGCGAUUGGUGGGAGAAGAUUACGGCCGCUGUGCCAGGAAAAACAUUGGAGGAGAUCAAACACCACUAUGAGUUUCUAGUUGAAGACGUUGGCAGCAUCGAGUCAGGGCGAGUUCCUCUGCCUAAUUAUUCAUCUCCUUCUUCUUCUGCAGCUGAAGGGUCUGAUGACGGUGGAGGAAAUGGGAAGAAAGGUGGGCAUUCUAAUGGCGAUUCCAGUCAUGGAGGGAAAGGCUCGAGAUUGGAUCAUGAAAGACGCAAAGGAAUUGCCUGGACUGAGGAGGAACACAGGCUAUUUCUUCUCGGGUUAGAUAAAUACGGCAAAGGUGACUGGCGGAGCAUAUCAAGAAACUUCGUCGUCACAAGAACACCAACACAGGUGGCAAGCCAUGCACAGAAGUAUUUCAUACGCCUCAACUCAAUGAACAAAGAUAGAAGACGCUCAAGCAUUCAUGACAUCACCAACGUCAACAAUGGCGAUAUCUCAACAUCUCAAGGACCAAUCACUGGCCAAGUUAAUAACUUCUCAUCAUCACCUAUCACCAACAAAGCCAUAAAAAAACCUUCUCUUGCCACAGCUUCUGCUCCUGGAAUCGCCAUAUAUGGCUCUUCUGCUAUUGGUCAGCCACUUUCUCCGGCCAUCGGAACUCCGGUCGCUGGACCACCAGCCAUGGCUUAUGCAAUACGUCCUGCCGCCGGAGUUGUCGUCGCCACCGGUGCUCCGGUACGCCUUGCACCAACUAUGGCUUACCCAAUGCAUAAUGCAUCAGCAUUUCACAGGUGAAUAAGACACUUGCUGCUUUCCAUAUUCACUUGGGAGUUCUCUGGUCAGUUUACUACAAUGGUGCGUAAAUAAUGUACGUGAGGAAGAAUGUUAAAUAUGUGAACAAUCAUGCAAGGCAGGCAGGAAGUUACUGUUGGGCAACAUUAACACAUUAACAAGUGCUCCAUAUCUUUAUCCUAGUUUUUGAAAUUUUCAUUAUUUAA